GUGAGUUAUGAAGAUGACGCUCUUUAAAAGACGGCACAAUGAGACCCCUUUUUAAAGGAAAGGGCAUACUAAAGUCUGAGGCUAAUUUUACCUGUGAAAAGUACAAGGAAAAUAGCCGGGCCCCGCAGGGGGAGUUGCUGGAAACAGCUGGUUUGUUUUACAGCCUCCUGCUCCUGACGUCCACAAGGGGAGACGCACGAGUCUGCACAGCGCCCCAAAACACGCUUUUUCAUUUUUCACGGAGCAUGAGAGAUGGGGGUGCGAAACGGCCACACAUCGGAUCUUGGCUUGGACGGAGUUUGUAGUGGAAGUCUUUGCCGUAGCUGUUAUAUUUUUGGGACAACACGGACCGGAUUGCGCCGGAGAAUUGUAACAAGAGAAAAUAUUCGUUUGACAGAAGUACAUUCUUCAUGCUCUACAAAACUGUGAAUUAGCUCAAUUAGAAAAAGAAUCUAACCGUGUCCGAAAAAGAUCUCCGUAUGUUGGCUGCAGUUGAGAAAAGAGAGAAGAUACUUUCUUGCUAUCAGCAGCCUGCUACAGGUUAGUCCUUCAAAAGUUGUGUAUCCGUGGGAGUAAAUACAAAGUGGCUGAUUUCCCUGGCUUCAGAGGUAAAUGCUUAUCGAGGAGAAGCUGGUGAGGGAGGCGAGGGCGGAAGAAAGGCGACUUGUUUUUGGAAUCACACUUUCGCUUGUGAACCAGGGUCGGAGAUGUCCAUUUGGAUGAUUUUACCUGUGAGCCUCCCUGCUUUCACCAUCACCGGAAUAUGGGUCGUGUACGCCAUGGCUCUGCACAAUCAGCAUGUCUGCCCAGUGGAUAACUGGUUGUAUAACCAGUCCUGUGAGAUGGAGCUGCCAUUGCAGAGAGGACCUGUGCUAUGCUGUACCCUGGACAAUGUGCCUCUCAUCAGUAAAUGUGGCACCCUCCCACCAGAGAGCUGCUUCUUCAGCCUGAUCUGCAGCACCGGCUCCUUCAUGGUAAUGGUAAUUGUUCUUUUACGAUACGCCCAUGUGAUUGAGAAGCAGCAGCACUGUAUGUUGAACACAGCAGGCCUCUCUACCGGCUGGAUUUGUGCUGCCGGCCUCAUCAUGGUGGGAAACUUCCAGGUGGAUCACGCUAAGGUGCUGCACUACGUAGGGGCCGGCGUGGCCUUCCCCACCAGCAUGCUGUUCCUGUGCCUUCAGUGCGCGCUCUCCUACCGGCUGGCCAAGACGCAGAGCGACUACAACAUGGCCUACCUGCGCUGCACCAUGAGCCUGCUGGCGUUCGUCUCCCUGGUGCUCAGUGGUGUGUUUUUCAUCCAGGAGAGCUUUGUGCUACAGCACGCUUCGGCGGUCUUCGAGUGGGUCUUCUGCCUCAUCAUCAUGCUCUUCUACGGGACGUUUGCGUUUGAGUUUGGGGGCGUGUCUGGGGACACUCUGAUGGUUUUGGCCAAGGGUGGGGCCCAGGGCAAGAUGGAGUCUGUGGGAGGGGCGAGCCAGCACCAGGUGGAGAACCUCCGGGCUGUAGGAAGGACCCAAGACCUCCUGUGAUGACCUCAUCAAUCAACAUGCAGACUUUGGAGGCAGGUGGGUGGAGCUAACGGCCCCACCCCCAGUUUCCAAGAUGCCAAAGCUUCUGUACAUUUCCACUGCUUCCUCUCCAUGCCUGGAGGAGGAGCCAGGGCACGGUGGAAUUUUUCACUCUGGAUGCGAAAUUAAAGGAAUAAAGAACACUGCAGUGCCUCUGUUCUACCUACUGCUGUGAUGUCAUUCGACGGACAGCCAGAACAAGAAGAGGGCCUUCAGGUGCCGUGCUCAGAGGGGGAUGCUGGGAAUUUCUGCUGCUGGGUGCCUUGGGGGAGCAGGCCCAGGGAUGAUCUUAUGUGAGCGAAAGGAGGAAAACCAAAGUCUUCACAAAUCGCUGAUCCCUGCACAGGGCCCCUAAAUGCCACCCGUCGGCAGUCACUUCACUCCAGAGUGGAUCGCACAUAAAGUGCGGGAUUCACUGCAGUUCCCAACCUAAACCACACUGCCACCGUCCUGUUCAACAUGCUGUAGGAAGUACUCAAGGUCCAAUCGCAUGCCACCAGGGCAGACCUUACAAAGACCAAUAUUCUAAAUGUGGUCCAUUAAAUUAUGUUACAGUCGCUGAAAAAAUUAUACAUAAUUGUAUUACUUUUUUUGGGGGGAGGUCAUUCAAAACCUUAUGUUUGAACCAUGGAUAUUUAGCCAGGCUACCACAUAUGUCAGGGCGAUACACUUUUCCAAGGAGCACAUGUGCUCCUAAGUUGAAAAUUUUAGGAGCACACUAAUGCAUCCCAGUUGGUAGAUGUGCUCCUAAAUGAUUUUUUCCAGGUGGCACACGUCAAUUUUCAGGAGCCUCUGCUUCUAAAAUGGGAGCGCCGUAGAGCUCUGCCUGACUGUGCGUGAAAGUAAACCGAUUAUUUGAUGAAGUCCCUGUGCUCCGCUUUGUCAACACGUGGGUUACACUGCCUUUUUGGUAGAGCUGAACCACUGUGUCUGUGGAACUGCUAACGGAAGACUACGAUGGGUUAAACGAAUGCGCUGUCACAGUAAAGGAUUUACUGCAGUACAUAAUUAAUACUGCACUCACCCUCCUUUUCCUUGGAUUCUCCUAUUAUUCUGGAAUAAGAUAUCAGCCUUUCUAGUCGCCAACUGAAAGGACCAGACUGAACUGAAAAUUUGGCUGUUGCAGUGACUGACCAAAGCGCCCUACGUGUUGAACUGCUGCAUUGCGAGUUGGGCCAAGCCAGUAGGCCACGUUUGUUAUCGUUUAUUAUUUACUCGAUACAUGAGACAAAUCAGUAACAGUGUACAUUCUCUGCCUUCAAUGUCAAAUCUAUUUUUGUAAGGAGCGAUAAGACAUUCCCAAAGUAACAUAAGGCCUAUCGACCUUGGAAAUGGACAUAUAAAGACCUCUCACUAUUUAAAAAAAAAACAUCUGAACGGGUAUUUGUGUAUCGAUGGACGCUUACGACUAUACCUGCUGUGUAACUGAGUAAUUUGCUCAGUUACAGUUCAGAGUGCUUUACUGGGAUGCAUACUUAAGGAACCAAAGCGAAUCUGAUAUCAGUAAAUGCUGUUCCUCGACAAGCUGCUUUGUAAUUAUUUUAACUGUUU